CCGAGCCGGAUCCAAGCGGCCGGGCGCGAGCUCCGGGUGCGGCGCAUACUUCGGCCCCGCCGCGCGCGGAUCCCGGACCGAACCCGGGCCUGCCACGCGCGCACGCCCCCUGAUGACAUCUCCCCGCGGCGCGCGGCGCUGAGCCCGGCCGGGCGCGUGUCCGCUGGGGAGAGGUCCGGUUCCCGGAGCCCAGCCUGGGCGCCCCGCCGCCCGUGGCCGCUCCUCCUCCCUCUGGGAGCCGCCGCCGCCGCGUGGAUGCCAAGUACCAGCUUUCCAGUUCCUUCCAAGUUUCCACUCGGCCCUCUGGCCGCGGUCUGCGGGAGCGGAGAAACUUUGGGGCCCACGCCGCCCGCCGGCGGCACCAUGAAGGCGGCCGAGGAAGAACACUACAGCUACUCAUCCUCCAGCCUCAGCUCUGCUCUGCCUCUCCCUGUGGCACAUACCUCCUUGCCAGCCCCGUGCCAUGACCUUCAGACGUCCACCCCGGACAUCUCAGCCAUCCCUUCAGCGAAUCACCCUUCCGGGUAUGGAGGGGCUGUGGACAGCGGGGCUUCUGGGUACUUUCUGUCUUCCAGCAGCACCCGGCCCAAUGGGGCCCCAGCCCUGGAGAGCCCUCGCAUUGAGAUCACCUCGUACCUGGGCCUGCACCACGGCAGCAGCCAGUUUUUCCAUGAUGUGGAGGUGGAGGAUGUGCUCCCUAGCUGCAAGCGGUCGCCAUCCACGGCCACUCUGAGCCUGCCCGGCCUGGAGGCCUACAGAGACCCUUCGUGCCUGAGCCCGGCCAGCAGCCUGUCCUCCCGGAGCUGCAACUCUGAGGCCUCCUCCUACGAGUCCAACUACUCCUACCCGUACGCAUCCCCACAGACCUCCCCAUGGCAGUCGCCCUGCGUGUCUCCCAAGACCACGGACCCUGAGGAAGGCUUUCCCCGAGGCCUGGGCGCCUGCCACCUGCUGGGCUCCCCAAGACACUCCCCGUCCACCUCACCCCGCACCAGUGUCACUGAGGAGAGCUGGCUGGGGGCCCGAGGCUCCCAGCCUACGUCUCCUUGCAACAAACGGAAGUACAGCCUCAACGGCCGGCAGCCCUCAAGCUCUCCACACCACUCACCCACGCCGUCCCCACACGGCUCGCCACGGGUCAGCGUGACUGAGGACACUUGGCUGGGCAACUCCACCCAGUACACCAGCUCGGCGAUUGUGGCGGCCAUCAAUGCCCUGACCACCGACAGCAGUCUGGACUUGGGGGAUGGGGUCCCUGUCAAGUCCCGCAAGACAGCCCUGGAGCACUCACCCUCUGUGGCGCUCAAGGUGGAGCCGGCUGGGGAGGACCUGGGCACGACGCCACCCACGUCCGACUUCCCGCCAGCGGACUUCACCUUCCAGCACCUGCGGAAGGGCGCCUUCUGUGAACAGUACCUGUCGGUGCCACAGCCUCCGUACCAGUGGGCCAAGCCCAAGUCGCUGACCCCUGCGUCCUACAUGAGCCCAACUCUGCCUGCUCUUGACUGGCAGCUGCCGUCCCACUCCGGCCCCUAUGAGCUGCGGAUUGAGGUGCAGCCCAAAUCCCACCACAGAGCUCACUAUGAGACGGAGGGCAGCCGUGGUGCCGUGAAGGCAUCAGCGGGAGGACAUCCCAUCGUGCAGCUACAUGGUUACUUGGAAAAUGAGCCACUCACUCUACAGCUGUUCAUUGGGACAGCGGACGACCGCCUGCUGCGGCCCCACGCCUUCUACCAGGUCCACCGGAUCACAGGGAAAACCGUUUCUACCACCAGCCAUGAGGCCAUCCUGUCCAACACCAAAGUCCUGGAGAUCCCGCUGCUGCCGGAAAAUAACAUGCGAGCCAUCAUCGACUGUGCUGGGAUUCUAAAGCUCAGAAACUCUGACAUUGAGCUGCGGAAGGGGGAGACUGACAUUGGGCGGAAGAACACCAGGGUGCGGCUGGUCUUCCGAGUCCACGUCCCGCAACCCAAUGGCCGGACCCUGUCCCUCCAGGUUGCCUCAAACCCCAUCGAAUGCUCCCAGCGGUCGGCCCAGGAGCUUCCUCUUGUGGAAAAGCAGAGCACAGACAGCUACCCAGUCAUCGGUGGGAAGAAGAUGAUCCUCUCUGGCCAUAACUUUCUUCAGGACUCCAAGGUCAUUUUUGUGGAGAAGGCUCCAGAUGGUCACCAUGUCUGGGAGAUGGAGGCGAAAACUGACAGAGACCUGUGCAAGCCAAAUUCCCUGGUGGUUGAAAUACCACCUUUCCGCAACCAGAGAAUAACCAGCCCUGUCCAAGUCAGUUUCUAUGUCUGCAACGGGAAGAGAAAGAGAAGCCAGUACCAGCAUUUCACCUACCUUCCUGCCAAUGUUCCAAUUGUAAAAACAGAACCCACCGAUGACUAUGAGCCUGCCCUGACCUGUGGACCCAUGAGCCAGGGGUUAAGUCCUCUCCCAAGGCCGUAUUACAGUCCACAGCUCACGAUGCCGCCCGACCCCGGCUCCUGCCUUGUGGCCGGCUUCGCCCCAUGUCCACAGAGGAGCACCAUGAUGUCCACGCCUCCCAGCUCGAGUCCAGAGCUCCAUGACCUUUCUUCCGCUGCCUACACCAAGGGCAUCACCAGCCCGGGCCAUGGUCACCUUGGACUUCGGCCGCAGGCUGCAGAGGCCCCCGCUGUUCAGCAAGUGCCAAGGCCCACGCCUGUGCAGCCUGGCUCGCCCAAGCAGCCCCCUCCUGUCCUGCUGCAGCCGCAGGUGAGUCCACAUCUGAGCAGUAGCUGUUCCCUUGGUUACCAACAAGCACUCUGUCCCAGCAGCCCCUCUUCUCCACUUCCACCCACCACCCGUGAGCCAACCUGCUUGCAGUCCUCAGCCCACCCUCCCGCCACGGGCCAGCAGCAGCACCAACCACUGAAGGUUCGAAGAAACGAGUCUCCAGCGACCGGGCCACUGUCACUGCCAGAGGUGCGUGAGGACAGUAAUCAUAACUUGGCCCCUAUUCCUGUAACGAUCAAGCGAGAACCUGAAGAGUUGGACCAGUUGUACCUGGAUGAUGUAAAUGAAAUCAUACGCAAUGAUCUCUCCAGCACAAACCCCCACUCCUAGGUGGCAACGUUGAAGCUGGCAGAAGCUGUGUGGAAUUGGCUCAGUGGGGACAGCUAAGCCUCAGCAAGUGAGACUUGUGAUGAAAUGAACUGAACACACAUCUGGUACCACUCAGAACUUCCAACAGACUGAACGCUAGGAGCUGAAGACUACAUGGACAUAGAAGAAGCCCUCUAACAAGAAAAGAGGGAGGCAGGCCACCACAUCUCCUGAAGGAAAAGCCAUCUCAAGAAAGCAGAAGGGUGGGUGAGGCCAGGGAUGGCCCUCACAAGUAGGGCCUGGCAUGCAAGCGAGCCCUAGCCUAACUGUCCCGCACCUUGGAUCUCAGUACUGGAAGAAGUGCCUUACUUACUCAGACUGCCGCGUCAGGGCAUCGUGGACUUGAACGUUGGAUUUACCACCACAAGAGUAUUUGUAGAAGCAAAAGCUAUAAAAACAUUUCAUUAUGAGGCUUUAUCUGUUGUAUAAAUUAAGAGAAUUCUGGCAAGCUAGGACUUGUGAGAGAAACCUAGUAUGACUUCCUACUUAUUUCAUCUUUUCCUGGGCUGUACUAUACAAUUCUGUUGCCUUAUCCAGUGCAUUUUAGAGAUCCUCCAAUCUGCCAUCUCAGCUCUCUCAUACUAUAUUCCCUCCUCUGUGUGCAUAAAACCAUAAGAUUAUUAAUAGUAGCAUGCUAGGAAUUUUUAUUUUUAAUCUUGCUUCGAACAUAGCACAAGGAAGUUAAAUAGCACAAGUAGGGUACUGGACAAAAAGGAAACCUGUCUGUCACAGGAUAGAUCUUGCAUUUGCAUGUGUGUACAUAUAUAAGCAUAUGUUUAUGUAUCAGUAGUACGUGACAGAGACAGUGAUGAUCAGUCUGUGCCCAGUGGGGCUUCCAUGCUAGCAAUAACCAGUAUCCACUUUGGAGAAUGCACCUGAGUCUAGCCUUGGCUUCCAUCGACUUCCCAUUGAGUCUGUAACCCCACACAGACAGGCAGCAUUUUCUCUUCUCAUGCAGUUACAGAGCACUUUAGAUUGUGUAGAGGUGCAUUCAAAUGCCCGUAGUUUAACACAUAGCAAAAUUGGGAAGUGAUUGUAAAUAACAUUACAACAGGAGUGUAAUAUAUUUGUUUAAUUAUAGGAUUAUUAUUUCACAGAAGCCUUAUAGCUAACUCUCUGCUUCAUCUAAGAAAACAAUUACCAAAAACAAUGUUUUCAGAUGCAGCUACUGUAUAUGUAGUAUGUUGUCAGAUUAGUUCCUGUUAACAGAUAGGUUAGUGUAGGCUUUCCUGCUGCGUUUUGUAUAAUUAACUGCUUAUUACACACUAUUACUAGUAAUGACCUAUUGUUUCAUAUAACCAAAAAGCAUGGUUUAAUUAAAACCUGUUUAACCUAACACAGUAAUUGUGCCUUAGGAGUUAACGCCCCCUUAUGGAACAUGCCUGAAUUGCACCUCGGGUGGAGGUUGUAAGCUACAGUCAUGGACAGGAAGAAUCAUCUUUAUUCGUCUGUACGACUAUGUCUUACCUUUUUCUAACUCACAGAAAGAAACAAAAAUCUGAAAGCCAUAUCUGAGCGUUUGGACGCGACUGUGAAGAGCUGAUGUGCGACCGCGUUGUACGUACGCUCCUGCCCGACCGACCAUGGCCCUCUCACCUGCAGCCCAGAUUUUUGCCCUGUGUUAACCCUCAUAGAGUUGCAUGAACCAUUUCUGAGUAGACUAUCAUAUGAAAGGAAGCGUUUGAUCUUUGUGUCAGCUGUCUUUGUAGUCAGAAAAUGGAUCCAAUAAAGCAGUAUUUUUUUUUUU